AUGGAGGCAGGCCAUUCGACUACGUCUCUUCCUGCCUCGGAUAGUCCCCAGCUAUUGUCUACCAACUACCAGCCACAGAGUUACGAUCCACAAUUACGAGCAAAUCUCAUACCACCUUAUGGAUAUGUCGGACAUAGACCCCCUCCAGUCAUCGUUGAGCAACAAGACAGACGAGGGUCAUAUGAAAUAGUCAAUUCUGCCGAUGAGCGAGAUGAAUACACUGAUCCAUACAGCCAACAUGUACAAGACGACAAUGAUUCGGUUCCGCUCUUCAAUCUUCGUCGUCGUUCCACAGGUACCAAUAAACGCCAUUCGACAAUAUUACCUAGUACACCUCUACCCCUAAGCCCUGUUCCACCUGGGCUCGCCGGUGGCACUGGAUGGCUGGCCCGAUUCGAACCAGCCCCGGUCAUGCCUUUGAUCAUCCAUACCCUUCUCUGCAUCGCUGCUUUUCCUAUAAUAUAUUACCUAUCCCCCGUAGCUGAUGGGCUCUCUAUGUUCUGGGCGCGAGUUAUUGUUGGAGGCAUCGCUGGUGCCGUAGGGCUUAGUUUGAGCGUGAGUUUAUUAGAUCUCGCCAGAAGAGGUAUCGAAGCAGCCUUAUGGGCCACUAUCGUUCAUGAAUCUAUGGGCGGGGGCAUGGGUGGCGUCACUCUAAGCCAGUUGAAUUAUCAUACUGCCAACCCCGACAGUCCUUGGGCGGCUAUCUUAUUGCUUUAUCGGCGAUGGUUCAAGCACCGAGGAACUGGCAGAUCCCGCAGGAAGGAAUAUGAUGGCGCACCGUGGUCCUUGUAUAUCGUCUUAUUCCUACUCACUGUCACAGUCUCUGCGGGAUUAGUGUUCGCAUUUGGUCGAGUUGUCGAUAUAUACACCCAACAAUUCAUACAAUCUGACGUUUACAGUGAGGUGACAGUCAUAGGGGAUCUGUCCCCCGCAGAUGUUGAGAGAGCAGGCGCUCUCGUAUCAACAUUCGUGGGAUACGAAUCUACAUGGUCACUCACUCCCUUCUCUGCAGCUGCACACCUCCCUAAAGACCGGUCGUUUAGAGUCCCACGUCCAGAUGGCUCUGGAGAAGACGUGCUGCAUUUUGCCGAGACAUACACCCGUCAACUCGUACCUGGUGGAACUGGAUUCGGAACUUUUUUCCCGAACAGCACGGCUGUAUGGGCGAAUGCAACUGCCACGAAUAGGAAUCCUAGCGAAGCACGUACUAUGGCUAUGGGACAAACACUUAGGUGGCCAAGGUGGGGCGAGCGGACUAUAUGCCAGACUAUGGAGGAGAUACCUGAUAAUGGCCUCGUCAUUGAUCCCAAACGCAACACAACGGAAAACCUUACGUAUGCGUACGUGACAAAGGCUGCCAUCUUAGGCCUAUUAAAGUACGCCGAGAUUUCGAAUAUGAGUUUAGCCCAACUGCCUCCGAUCGACUUUGCCAAGGAGAUGAGUCCAGGAGAUGAGCCUCCUGCUGGUAUAAUAGAGAGUGAUGUAGGAUUGAUGAGUAAAUGGUGGGACAAUGGCGUGGCACACCAAUUCAAGUCAGCGGCUCUCGAUACAGGUGAUGCCGGAAAAGGGUGGACGAUGCUUGAAAUAAUAUUAGUCCGUUUAAACGAGACUUAUACUCCCCAGGGUCAGUUCCCACAGUACGUCCCUGGCGGCAACAACGGAACUCGUAUUGGACUCGAUGCAGCAUUGUGCGUCUCAGAAAUAAGGGCUCAUACAUUGGAUGCUUACAACAACACUGCUGGACUUCCCACUACUCUAGGUUACUUGUACAGCGGGGCUCAAUUUAACACUACAGGCAAAAAGAUGGAAGGGGAGUGGAUUAAGGGUGUCCAGCGUGGUAUAAAUUCGGUUGGAAAAUGGACGGUUUUCUCUAACGCACAUUUCAAUUCCCGUAAUGUGAUGAUAAAAGAUAAUGGGAGAGACCAACGCUAUGUUCCCAAUCCAACGGUCGUUUCGUUCACUGGGAACUCGGAGCCAAAGAAUUAUACGAAGCUCGCCGCAGCCGAGUUGCAGGAUGUCCUCGGGGAUGUCGAUUGUCAGCAUUUACUCCCCUAUCUUGUUGGAAGCCAACCAGUGGUGGCACAUAAGUACACUGAUAAGACCCUCGCAUAUACCAAGAUCUAUCUUGUCUGGCUGAUUGUCAUCUUGAUAGGUGACUCACUUGUUAAUCUGCCGGUCCAAGUGGGCCGUUAUGAGCGCCUCGAGGACCUCGAACGCAAAGCGAAAGAUUACACAUUAUUGUUUGGGUUCGAUGGGCCUUUUGUAGAAUACUAUAAUCAUUGGGGGGUCCUUGUCGAUCAGUUUCCGACGCCUUGGUUGUGCGGCAUCAGCGCAACUCGAACUACCACCACCACCAUCAGCGGCAUGGCUCAGAUAGAGGCAAAAUCAUGGGGAGCUGGUGUGACUAUCCCCGAAGGCCGGUGUACCGUUAACCUCGAUGACAGUGCACUCCGAAUGCUUGAGCCAGCGCAGCAUCGGAAGAACCCAGCCCAGAGCUCGUAUCACAGCUUCAAGUAUUACUUCAAGCCAGAGUCUAUCGAUGUUCGGAAACCGGGCAAGGUUCAGAUGCCCAAUCCCCCACGGGCGACUGGUGAUGGAGGGGUGGCGCUUGACGUAGAAUUGCUGGGUCCUAACCAGGAGGAUAAACAUCUUUUUACGGCAGUCGAGCAAGCGACAAAAGAGUUGGAUGUAUUUAUGAUAUUUGACCCCACAACAGGCGCUUUUACUAUGUAUGAAGCAGAUAGCAGCGUUGUUCUGACUUACGAUCGUGCUGCCUCCAAGGCAGCAUCCCGUUCCCGUUCUAAAGCUUCUCCGGCAACUCAGCCUCUUCCUAUUCCUGCUAUUCCUAAAGCUUCUUCCACUCCCGCUCCUCCUGCUCCCCUUCGACUACCUAAAACUGGUACAGAAGCUACUGUCGAUUCGACGAAACGACCAUCAGUUACGCAGAAAACUAAACGACCGAAAGUCAAACCGGCACCCCCGCCCACUCCACCACCAGCAGCCGUCAAGGAGGAAGCUGAAGAAGGCGAACUUGAACUCGAACUCGAGCCUGUUGCUGUACCUGCGCCUGUGCAGCCAGACCUGAUGGAAAUUGACGCUGCUACUCCAACUGAAGAACUUGAAGCAGGCGAGGUUGAUGCUGAGCCAGAAGGAAUAUUACCUUGGGACGCGGUCCCUACCACAAUUCACAAGCGAGCGACAGCCAAAACGAGCGCAUUUACUACAACCGAUCCGGAUGAGGAGGUUAUUGACUUUGGCCCAUCACUCGGUGGUGCCCGAGAUCCGCCAGCGAGGAAAGCGCAGAACAAGUCAUCAUCAUCAGGACGCCCUGGUGUUGGGGGAAUUAUCUUUCCCAAGGCUGCACCAAAACAACACCAGCAUCGAGAACCCCCUCCCCGCCCGGUUCCCGCCGCGCCCCCUGUCCAGUCGAACCCAGAUUCCGAAGACGAAGAGUUUGAAGAAAUCGUUCCCGGUGCUCAAAGUGAGCUGGAAGCUGAGAUGCAGAAUGAGAUGCGGAAUGUGCUCGAUAAGGAAAGUAGCGAGGAGAGCGAAGAAGAAGAGGAAGAAGAAGAGGAAGAGGAAGAGGAAGAGGAAGAAGGGUAUGGUGAAGCCGUGUUUGAUGCUCAGGCGUUCCAACAAGAGUUAGCCCAAGAAGUACGCCAAGACGGAGAAACGGAUUCAGACGACUCUGACUCCGACUCUGACUCUGAGGAAGACGACUAG